AAACCCCGCAUGAGCACGUGCUUCAAGUCAGCGUGGCUUGUGUCACUCUGACCCUGCGUGUGUAUGUGUAUGUGUGUGUGUGUAGGGGUGUUGAAAAUGUCUGUACAUGUACACGCAUUUGUGCGCGUGUUUCAUAUCUGUGAGUGUGAGUGUGAGUGUGUGUGGUUUUGAGAUUGUCUCGUGAGUCGGUUUGGGCGCAAACGCUGAAACUUUUCCUCCUGGACUUGUUGCGCGCUGGGCUGCGCGCUGGGCUGCUCUCUGCUCUCCGACUCUGCUGAUCUCAGCCUCGGAUGUGAAUCCCGGUUCCUCUCUGAUGCGUGACGGAGGACGGGAGACAGCCGUAGGAGCAGGAGAGAGAGACAGCAGCUCCGUACCCCCCGCCUCUCUCCGCCGGUCCAAGCCAGGAGCUCCGCCUCUGUGGGCCGCUCCGAGGCGCGGAGUCCCGGGCUGCAGCUGCAGCAGAGCUCCGGUGCGCCUCCUCUCCUCCUCCUUCUCCUCCUCCUCCUCCGGCGCGCGCGCUUCAGCACGGAGCGGACACACUGGAGGACUAUGCGGAGCUGCGCGCCCGAUCCGGAGUAGAGCAGCCCUGCAAGCCCUGCAAGCCCUGCGCUCAGCCUCACACACCAGCAACGAUGCAUCGCAGGCACACCACACUGAGGGAAAAGGGGCGUCGGCAGGCCAUUCGAGGCCCGGCUUACAUGUUUAACGAGCGUGGCACCAGUCUCACUACGGAGGAGGAGCGUUUCCUUGAUGCUGCUGAAUACGGAAACAUCCCUGUUGUCCGAAAGAUGCUUGAAGAGUGCAAAACCCUCAACUUUAACUGUGUGGACUACAUGGGCCAGAAUGCAUUGCAGCUAGCUGUAGCUAAUGAGCACUUGGAAGUCACAGAGCUGCUCCUGAAGAAGAAGGGGCUUGCGAGAGUGGGAGAUGCUCUGCUGUUGGCUAUUAGCAAAGGCUAUGUGCGAAUUGUUGAAGCUAUCUUGGCUCACCCGGCAUUUGCAGGAGGCCUGAGGCUAACGUUAAGUCCCCUGGAACAGGAACUUAGAGAUGAUGACUUUUAUGCAUAUGAUGAGGAUGGAACACGUUUUUCACAGGACAUAACGCCAGUGAUUUUGGCCUCACACUGCCAAGAGUAUGAGAUUGUACACAUUCUGUUGAUGAAGGGUGCCAGGAUAGAGCGGCCUCAUGACUACUUCUGCAAGUGCAACGAGUGCACAGAGAAACAGAAACGUGACUCUUUUAGCCACUCGCGAUCACGUAUGAAUGCGUAUAAAGGGCUCGCUAGCGCUGCCUACCUGUCACUUUCAAGCGAAGACCCUGUACUCACAGCUCUGGAGCUCAGCAAUGAACUGGCACGACUCGCCAACAUAGAGACAGAGUUUAAGAAUGAUUACCGUAAGCUAUCCAUGCAGUGUAAGGACUUUGUGGUGGGGGUGCUGGACCUGUGCCGGGAUACGGAGGAGGUGGAGGCCAUUCUGAAUGGUGAUGUUGACCAGAAGCCACCCUCAGAGCACCAGCGGCCCUGCCUCAGCCGCGUCAAACUCGCCAUCAAAUAUGAAGUUAAGAAGUUUGUUGCCCAUCCUAACUGCCAGCAGCAGCUGUUAACUAUCUGGUAUGAGAAUCUGGCUGACCUGAGGCAGCAGUCUAUAGGAGUGAAGUGUCUCACUGUGCUAGGAGUAACAAUAGGACUUCCUUUCCUCGCCAUCGCAUACUGGAUCAUGCCCUGCAGCAAGCUGGGUCAGAUUCUUCGCAGUCCCUUUAUGAAGUUUGUGGCUCAUGCUGUCUCCUUCACCAUCUUCUUGGGCCUGCUGGUGCUGAACGCUUCAGACCGUUUUGAGGGAGUGAAGAAUCUCCCCAAUGAGACCAUCACAGAUCACCCACGCCAGGUGUUCAGGGUCAAAACCACUCAGUUCUCCUGGACAGAACUCCUCAUCAUGAAAUGGGUGCUGGGUAUGAUUUGGUCAGAGUGUAAAGAAAUUUGGUCUGAUGGUCCACGCGAAUACGUCAUGCACCUGUGGAAUGUUCUGGACUUCGGCAUGUUGUCCAUCUUUGUCGCGUCCUUCACAGCUCGCUUCAUGGCUUUCCUGAAGGCAUCUAAAGCACAACUUUACAUAGAUCUCCAUGUGCCCAAUCAUGACAUCAGCAACGCCUCACUGCCUGCCGACAUCGCCUACUUCACAUAUGCCAGGAAUAAGUGGAGACCAUCUGACCCUCAGAUCAUCUCGGAGGGUUUGUAUGCGAUCGCAGUGGUACUGAGUUUCUCGCGCAUCGCCUACAUCCUUCCAGCCAACGAGAGCUUCGGACCGCUGCAGAUCUCGCUGGGGCGCACAGUUAAAGACAUCUUCAAAUUCAUGGUCAUCUUCAUCAUGGUCUUCGUUGCCUUUAUGAUUGGCAUGUUCAACCUGUACUCAUACUACUUAGGAGCCAAGUACAACCCUGCUUUUACAACGGUGGAGGAGAGCUUUAAGACGUUAUUCUGGUCCAUUUUUGGCUUGUCAGAGGUGAUCUCAGUGGUUCUGAAGUAUGACCAUAAGUUCAUUGAGAACAUCGGCUAUGUGCUAUACGGUGUGUAUAACGUGACCAUGGUGGUGGUCCUGCUCAACAUGCUCAUAGCCAUGAUAAACAGCUCCUACCAGGAAAUAGAGGAGGAUGCUGAUGUUGAGUGGAAGUUUGCUCGUGCGAAGCUGUGGUUGUCGUAUUUUGAUGAAGGCCGCACGCUGCCUGCUCCCUUUAACCUGGUGCCAAGUCCAAAGUCCUUCUACUAUCUGGCCUUGCGCACCAAAGCAUGUCUCGUCCACCUCUGUAAGGCCAAAGGUCAUCGGCAUGACAAUGAACUGGAGAUGGGCAUGCUCAACUCAAGACCAAAGCUGGAUCGAUACCGAGCUCACUCAAGAAUCAGAGAGGAGAACACAGUGAAGAAACCCAUCAAAAACCCCACACGCUACCAGAAGAUUAUGAAGCGUCUUAUAAAGAGGUAUGUUCUAAAGGCGCAGGUCGACAGGGAGAAUGAUGAAGUUAAUGAAGGUGAGCUGAAGGAGAUAAAGCAGGAUAUCUCCAGCCUGCGCUACGAGCUGCUGGAAGAGAAAUCUCAGGCCACUGGAGAACUGGCCGACCUCAUUCAACAACUCAGCGACAAGUUCAGCAAGAACGACAAAAAACAGCCCUGAGGGAGGGUGAGAGAGGGAGAGCGAGAGAAUGAGAGAGAGAGUGAGACAGAGAAGUAUAAGGGAGAAGAGGAAGAGAGUACAAAUCAAGCCAUUCUCGAUUGACACAAUCCUAAAAUGCUUUCUAAUUGGCUAAAACAAGCUCUUUUGCUUCAUUUCUCAAGAAAAAGAUGAGCAAUCACCAAUAUAUGACAACUGCACUUGAGAAAAUCAUGCUAUGAAGAGAAAUGUGUAAUUCAGGUCCUAAAAACAGCCAUUUCCUCUGCUUUGUGCUCUGCACUUUAAAGAAAUGGACAAAUUACAGUCAUUGGAGAUUUAGAAAAAAAAUUGAUGGUGAAAUCGACGUCUUUUAUCUGAAUGAUGAGUAAUUACACUAUGAGAAAUACGGCCUGUUCAUCUCUUUCCUUUUUUAGAUUUCACUCAUGGUUUGCUUUAAUAAUGAAUGGUUUUGCUGAAUGAAGGAAAGAAAUUGUGAUUUAUUAAGAUUUAUUCCACAGCACUGUUGAAUUCUCAAUUCGGAUUUGUCAGAAGGUGUUGAUUUGUUUUGUGUAACAGCAGCUCUGAUAGUACUGAAGGCUAUAUAUUAUAUUAAUGUACUCACUCUAAUAUGCUGUUGUUUCAAUAGUAACAGCUCUAUGUGGAGACUGCUCCACAUACAUAAUCUAAUAAUAAAAUGCUGACAGUAAACAUUUUAAUAUUCAUGGAAGGAGUCUCCAGUGUCAGGGUUUUGUAACUGUCAGUACGUUUUCUGCCACGAGAACAUCUUCAGGACUUUGCGCUUUUUGUUUUUUUGGUUACGUGACAAGCUGCAUUUUUGUUGUUGUUGUUUGUUUUAUUAACUUAAAGACAGAGAACAAACAUUAACCUAACUAAAAUGAUUAAAAUGUUAAUGUUCACUGCAAGAAAAUGACAUCUUAACAAGUUAAAAUCUCUUGAAUAUAGUCAAAUUUUUGUAGUCUCUCCUGUACUAAGAUUGCAGUAAACAAAAUAUAUGAUUGUUAACCUAUUUUUAGAUAUUUCUACUAACUGCAAAUGUGAACGUCUUUUUCUAUUGGCUGAUUAUUUUUCUAAUUUUAAGCAUAUAUUUGUAGAAAGAAGCAAAAUUAUCUACCAAUCGAAUAAGACAUUAAAGCUUGAAAUGUGUAACAGUGUCUAAAAACAGGCUAAAUAAUCUUAUAUUUGAUUUAUAAUAAUCUCAUAAUAAGAAAUAUUAGAUAAAUUUGCCCAUAUUAAAGACAUUUUCACUUGCUACGAUAUAUAUUGCAGUGUUACUCAUUAAUAAAUAAAAAAUUUAAGUGCUGUGGUAUAAAAGGAAUAAAACACUUCGGGACAUGUUGUCUUUCUAAAAUAACACUAACUCUGCUUUGGGUUGGAUCUCAUCACUCCACCCCAUCAUUGAUUAUCUUCCUAUAACAGCAUGUCCGGUCAUGAUUUUUUAUUUUAUUUAUUCUAAUGAAAGUAAUAUUGGACUGGAAUUGGACUACAAGCUACAAGCACAGAUGUGACUGGGGUGUAUACGUUGUGUUCUCUGCAUAUACCUGUACAUGCAAAUCAGAUUUAAAUUUCUAGAAGGAUAUCACUAAGUAGUUUUUAGCUAAUUUCUUUAGCUUUGUCCAUUUCGAUGAGCAUAUUAGAGGAAAGUAAAGAGUAAAGUAUGCUUCAGUCAUAACUGUCAAGUAUAAAUACAGGGUAGCAGAUGAAUUUGAGGGCCAUAAUGCAUCCAUAGUAAUGAGCAGUAUUUAGUAGGAACUUUACAGUCAGCCUGUCUCCAGUAAUGAGAUUAUUAUGCUUUAUGUAAUUCGAAUAAGUUUUAAUGAGGUAUUUCAAAGGAUAAAGGCUGGGUUAUUUGAGUUGAAAAAUGUGAACAUUGUUUUCAGGAUUUUGCUCAAAUAAUUGGGAAGAGCUGUGUGAGCUGGAGGAGAGAGUAUGACAGGUGAAAGGAUUAUCCCUCAUUCAGGGUUAUGGGGCAAAUAGAGGGCAACAUGAUAUGAAAGUGGAUGAGAGCUGUUGAUCCCCUUUCCUCAGCUCUGUCCAUAUCCUGUAUUUAUCUUUCCUCUCCUCUCUCUUUGCUCAUCUGCACUUGUCUUCUCUUCUCUCUGGAUACACUAAUCCUCUGCAGAAACAGUACACUAAUAAAAUCUGCUAUUUGCUUUUUCUUGAUACAGUUUAAGCCUGAAUGAAGGAUAUAAAGGAUGUUUAAUUACCAUCAGGACAGUCAUAUAGUGAUGGACUCGGUUUUAAAUAUUUAGACUGAAAUUCUGUAUCAGUCUGAAUCUGAUACAUGUUUGCUUCCAAAUAUUUUCACUGAUCUGAAUUAUUAUCAUUUCACUUUCAGAAUCUGAAUCAGCUGUUUACAUGUAUCCUAAGCACUGCAACCUAUUGAAAGUCUUCAUUUACAUACCCAUUAUAAGUAACCCAAAUGAUAUUGUGCACUCAUCUGAAGAUUGAAUCACUGGCCAAGAGAAAAGAAAUCCUGCAGUUAGAGAUUUAGCCAUGACUCAGCAUUUUCUAAAGUUUGAGAAUUAAUUCUGAUUUUAACAGCUUCACAAACAUGUUUCAACUUUCAUAAAAUUAAUUUUGGAUACUACAUCCAGUUCUGUAAAAAAAAAUAAAUAAAUAAAAUAAAAAACACAAAACUAGCUGCAUACCACAUCACCUCUUUUUUUUUUUUUUUUUUUACAAACUAAUUGCAUAGCCAAGUUGGGAAUAAUGAUAUAAAAUGUAAAAUUAGUACUACAUUCAUUCAGGUCAACACAGAUUUAUCCUUUUAUUAUUUUAUAUUAUGUUAUUUUCAACACAAAAACAUUCAUCAAAAGAAAAUAUGAUUUGACUUGUGAAGUAUUGCCGACAUCCUGAGCCAAUUUGGUUUUUGCUAGUUAGUGCCAGAAGUCUACAUUAUUAGACUUCAUGUAACUGUAGCUACAUAAUCAGUAAUGAGAAGCAUUAUUUUCAUGGACAUGUGCUUGAAUUGUAGAGCAGUGCAGUGCGUUCACAAGGCAACGGCCCUUGUAGUAGCAUCACUACAUUUCAAACUGUGGGCCAUUUUGAUUUUAUCCUCAGUCUCUGGCUCCAGUCCAUUUCAAUUAAGAUAAGGUGGAAUUCCUAAAUUCCUCCCACUUCAGUGCAGGAGCGUAGCCAGGAACCUGUACAAUGUGGUGCACAGUUUGGAUGCAGUGAUUUUCAUGUAGUGGCCAACUUUUCUUUUUUUUUUUUUUUUCAAGAAAAAAAACUAAAAAAAUGAAAUGCACAAUAAAACUAAUUCACUUGUUUUUUUUGUCAAACCUAACCAUAUUUUUGUCCUAACCUAACAUUAAGUAAUAUUAAUUAUUGCAUACAAGUUUUUGUCCUCUAGCAACUUAAUAUUUCUCACACAUCAAACAAAAUAUUUCUCACACAUCACCAAUACACAAAUGCACUCUUAUUUAAUGUCUUUCUCUGUAGUACACCCUUUUCUUUAUUUUGACUUGAGAUAGUAAGGGCUACAUUUGGAGAAACUAUAACUCUGGAAAAGCUCAUGUAAAACUACUAAACAUACUAUAAUUACACUACAAUCUGUGCCCAAAAGGCUAGUCUAUGUUUUGUGAUACAGUAAUAGGAGUUGUAAUAUCUUGAUUUAGUAGAAUUAUCCAGGCUAAAUAAUGACUAGCAUGCCUCCUCAGCCUGGCAGUGUUCACCUUUAGCAACCAGCUAUCCUAUAGCCCUCUUGCCAAAACAUGAGUAUGCUAGGUAACAAGCUCCAGUAAUUCUGAUGUUAAAUUAGAGCUAGCAACAUUUCACAAUUUAACUGCAUUUAUUUUAACACUGAUUAACUGAUUAAUUAACUGAUUGACAAUGAAUUUAUUGGAUUUAUUCAGGAAUUAACUGCUAUCACAUUCAACCACGUUGGCAUUGCCAGUUAAUGAAGUGAAAACAGAGAGCUUAUUUAAACUAGAUGCUUUAAUCUACUCGCUAUAAUGCCAGUUCAUUGAGUUAAAAUGGGAUUCUUUAAGCCAGGUGCACUUUCAGAAGAAAGGGUACUAAACUUUUUUUUUGUCGCCAGUUGUAGUACCCUCAAGGGUAUACACUUUGUGCCUUUAGUGUGUAUUUUUUACCUAGGAAGGUGCAUGUAGUGUACAUUUAAAGCUUUCCUCUAAUUAAAACUAAUUAUGGUCUAUUUAUGCACCUUAAAACAUUUUAAAGAUACAAUUGAUCCAAGUUUCCAUGUAAAAGCUAUAUAUUAAAUUACAAAAUGUGACUGACUUAAUAUAAUAUAACUGACUUAAUAAAAUGCCAUUUCAUAGCAAUGAAUGAGAAAUUAAAUAAAUUAGAGCAGAAAUAAAGAGCGAAUGUGAAUACACUGUGCAAAGGAUAAUUAGUACAAUAAGCUACUAACACUCUAAUUAACACUAUAAUUCUGCAUUGUUAACUGUUAACAAUAUUAACUGAUAUUCUGUAUUGUGUUCAUUUGAAAAACAGUGAUUACAAACUAGGCUAGUCUGACCAAAAUGAUUUAUAUAAUUGCAAACCAGCAUAGCUGCAGCUGCAACUCAUAACUCAAACUACAUCCUGGAAAAAAAAAUAGGCACAUGACUGAUUGUCAAGCCAUGAGCCAGUUGUUGGUAAUGGAGCAAAAUUAAAAUGAAAUAUUUAAGACGGCUAGUAGAGAAAGCAUUUUUACUUUUUAAAACUUUUGCAAUUUUAAAACUUUUUAAAGUACUCAAUAAAUAAAACUGCCAUUGUAGCUCAUAUAGUCUGAAUAGACACCCAUCUUUAAGAGUUUAAUUAUCUAUGAAAUUUUUUUUCUAUUAUAUUCCUAGGUAUUUUUUCAAAUCCACGUUUUACUCUACACUGUGAACAGUUGAUUUCUCUUUCCAAAUCAGGGAGCCAGUAACUUCACUUGGGCCCUUUAAAAAAUGUAGUAAGUGGCUAUGGAAAGUGAGUAAUUGGCUAAUUUUCCAGUAGCCUGGAACCAGAGGGUCAUAUUUGACUCUUUUCCGUUGAUUCUGUAGUGUGAUUAACAUGUAACAUAAAUUAGUUUAAAAACUUAAUUGUGGUUUAAUUAUGAAAGGGCUGUGAGCUUCAAGCAGAUUGACACCACAAGAGAGGUGAGAGAAAAGAGACAUAGAACAGUAGAAACAGGGUGCAUGCUGGGACAUCGUAUUGUGAAUAAUAUGUUUGGCUACAUGAUUUAAAAAGAAAUGCUAGAAAAAAGAGAAAACCACUGUGACAUUUCUAGGGUUUUGUAGCUUGUAGAAGAGAAAUGUCUUACCUGAUGACAUGUUUUAGUCUUAUAUAUAUCAAAUAAUUCUCCUGAAAGUCAUGAACUGUCACUGCACUCUUCCUCUACACUUAUCUUUAAUAGGCUGUCUAAUUAACUCAGUACAAAGACAAUUCUCAGCCUUUUAAUGCUUACAGCACUCUUGUAAAGUGUGUCAUGUUACUUUCACUUCAGCCAUGGAUAUUUUUUGAGUGUAUUUGAGAUGAAUGUGUAAUAUGCUGUUAUUAUACCACUAGAAGUCAAGAGCACAAUAUUUUAAUCUAUAAUCUGGGAUUCCUUAUUUUUACAUAUUUGUGCUGCUCUGAUUUUCUUUGCUGCUCACAUUUUCCAGCUCAAAUGGAAAUAUGUUAACAAGAAAGUUACUCUGAUAUUGCCAAGCUUCACUGUCAAAGCUUGUGACCAUAAUGAGUUAAACUCAAUUUAAACCAUUACAAAAUAGAUGUGACAAAUGUACCACUUCUGCACAACUGCAAUACAAUGUGCUGCUGACCAUGUAGCUUUCUAAACUAUAUAGCAAUCACAUGUACACAUACCACAAUCUUACCUUAUUUUUUUUUUCAUUUUCUCUGAGUGCCAUGCCUUUAGAAAUAUCUACAAAAUAUACCACACAUACCAUACAACUUGUCUGACUAGCAACCUGCGUAAAAACCUACUCUGUCAUUCCUACAUGCCUUGACACUGCUGUCAAUCAUUAUGUAAUCUGACAUGUCCACAUAGUUUUGGUCAGGCAGCAAAAAGGACCUUCAUAUAUAUAUGAAGUAAAUGU